GACAUUAUGCAGCAGCCACCACAGGAGCCAGAGACCGGGCAGGAGGGGGUGGAUUUGGGGGAGCCCAAGAAGAUGACUCGGGAGGACUGGAGGAAGAAGAAGGAGCUGGAGGAGCAGAGGAAGCUGGGUAAUGCUCCUGCCGAGGUGGACGAAGAGGGAAAGGACAUCAACCCUCAUAUCCCCCAGUACAUUGCGUCGGUCCCCUGGUAUAUCGACCCCUCCAAGCGGCCCACACUGAAGCAUCAGAGGCCCCAGGACGAGCUCCAGAAGCAGUACUCUACCAUCGGGGAGUGGUACAAGAGGGGAGUCCAAGAGAAAGCGAUCAGCACCAAGUUCCGCAAGGGAGCGUGUGAGAACUGUGGAGCCAUGACCCAUAAGAAGAAGGACUGUCUUGAGCGUCCAAGAAAAGUUGGUGCUAAAUUUACUGGCACAGGCAUGGCUCCAGACGAGCAUGACCAAAUCACGCUGGACAUGGACUAUGACGGGAAACGAGAUCGCUGGAAUGGCUAUGAUCCUGAGGACCAUAUGCGUAUUGUAGAAGAGUAUUCCAAAGUCGACCUGGCCAAAAGAACUCUAAAAGCUCAGAAGUUGCAAGAGGAGUUGGCAUCAGGAAAGCUUGUGAACCAGCAAGAGCGUGAGCAUGACAGUGAGGACGAGGAUGAGGAUAAGUAUGCGGACGACUUUGACAUGCCGGGACAGAACUUUGACUCCAAGAGACGUAUUACUGUCAGGAAUCUGAGAAUCAGAGAGGACAUUGCAAAGUACCUCAGAAACCUGGAUCCAAACUCAGCUUACUACGACCCCAAGACCAGAGCCAUGAGGGAGAACCCUUAUGGCAACACCGGGAAGAACCCAGAGGAGGUGGGAUAUGCCGGGGACAACUUUGCCCGCUAUUCAGGAGACACCAUCGGCAUGGCUUCAACACAAUUGUUUGCGUGGGAGGCGUAUGAUAAGGGCUCGGAGGUGCACCUGCAGGCCGACCCCACCAAGCUGGAGCUGCUCCACAAGUCCUUCAAGGUCAAGAAGGAGGACUUCAAGCAGAUGCAGAAGGAGGGCAUCCUAGAGAAGUAUGGUGGCUCGGAGCACCUGGACGCUCCUCCCCGGGAGCUGCUGCUGGCCCAGACGGAGGAGUAUGUGGAGUACUCACGUCACGGCGCUGUCAUCAAGGGACAGGAGAAGGCCAUCGCACGCUCCAAAUACGAAGAGGAUGUCCUCGUCCAAAACCACACGUGCAUCUGGGGUUCCUACUGGAAGGAAGGCAACUGGGGCUAUAAGUGCUGCCACUCCCUGGUCAAGCAGAGUUACUGCACCGGGGAGGCGGGCCGGAAGACAUCGAACACCACAUGCGUUCCAUUUGAGGAGGGCGUAGAAGAGAUUCAGGAAGAGGAGGUCCCAAAGACUCUUCUGGAGCUUCACCGAGAGAAGUUGAAGGACAAGAAAAAGAAGAAGAAGGACAAGAAGAACAAGAAAAAGGACUCCGACGACAGCGACGAGGAGGAUGAAGCCAAGAAGAAAGAGAAACUCAAGAAGGCUCUGCUGGCGGAGGAGCAGCGUCAGAAGGAGGUGAUGGCGAUGAUGCAGGUGGACGAGAGGAAGCGUCCGUACAACAGCCUGACGGAGGUGCGGGAGCCCACAGAGGAGGAGAUGGAGGCCUUCAGGAUGAAGCGGCCGCGGGCCGACGACCCCAUGGCCAACUUCCUCUCGCAGUGAGGAGGUCCAACGACCUCAAUCUCCUCCUCACAAUCAGCUCCUGGUGACUGUCCUUCUCUUGUAGUGAGCUCCCAGACCACCCCAUUGGCCUCCUUCCUGUAACAGUGAGGAGUUGCAAUGAACAUCCUCCUCAGUGAGCUCGUGACAACUGCAAUGUCCUGAAGACCCCCAGCCUCUUCCAUCCUCCAUGUUCCUGACAACUCCAUUGGCCUCCACCCUUUCCCCAAACAACACAUAGCCAUUCUCCUUCCCCAUGCAAUCACCUCUUCCCCUCACCGCCACAUAGCCUCAUCCUUCCUUCCUUCUCCCCCAAGGGAGCUCCUAUAGAUGCCCAAUGACCACGGCAGCUGACAGCUUUGACCAGACCAAGGAGAAAGUAAUCUGAAAGGCAUCCCCACCCAAUACAUACAGUGUAAUGAGGACAUCAUUCUGGGGGCUCACCUUCUCCCAUGGCCCGAAACAACUGACUGUCCCUGUCGGCUUCCCUGCCAAUGACCUCCUCCCUUUAGCAGAGAGGUCCUGGUGAACCCUAAUGACCCUCUGCUGGCAUUAAGGUCUUGCCACCUCGAAUGCCAACUUAACCUCCCACAGCGACCUUCUCUUGUGUCAGUCAGCAACGGACUGCUCUUUUACCUGUAUCCCACCACAGAGUGUCCCCAGCAGAAUUUGGAGGACCACCACCACCACAGCUCAACAGAACUCUGGGCCCUCAGGCAGAUGGCUUUUUAUUAUGUCAGAGGCAGAGAUGUAUCAAGUAGACAUACGUAGAAGUACUGUCACUGAUAUAAUUGCGACACUAGUAGUAUGAAAAUAAAGUUGCAGCUAUGUAUCCUCCUACUACUACUGUAUUCUCAUACAACUAGUGUAAUUUACAUCUGUGCGUCUAUGAUCAGAGGUGUACACUCUGCAGUGUCAGCUGACUGUAUGUCUGCUUAGGAGGACCAAUGUAUGUGUUUUUUUAUCAUACUGUUUUCAGGCCAAUCACGCUUGCCUAGUGGUGACCAAGGGAUGACCGUCUGUCAUGUAACAAGUCUACUUGUUACUUAUGAACCAAGACGAAGCAUUCUGUCUAAGAUGGAAGACUUUCUCUGUGUACAUUUGGAAAUGUGCAAGAGGAUCACUUCAUACAGCACGAACACAGAGUGUGGGGGAAAACAAUAAAAUGUUUUAUGUAAUUUGAUUUUGUAGUGAAUAUUUUAAGGUGGAUCUAUUUUGUCCACUGUCUGUUUUGGUAUCCCAUGAAUAUCCAGCAAGUAUUGUGUUUUAGUUUAAAACUCUCUGCGUUAAAGUGUACAAAUAUUGUUUUCCCCCUGGAAACUUGCCUGGUGUAAUAAAAAAAAAACACUUUUUUGCAGAAUUAUCUCUUCA